AUUUUGCGGCGAAAUCUCGCACGUAGGCCCGGCCCUGGCGCGACACCGACGAUGCGAACCGCCCUCUUACUAGCGCUCGGCGUCGUAGUCCUCGGCGACGAGUGCCCAGUUUCGAUCCCCAACGCCAAGGUCGCUCCCGGCUUCUGCGCCGAGGAGCUCGUCGACGGCCUGAGCAAGCCCCGGGGCCUCGCCUACGACCCCCGGGACGGCGGCAUCCUCGUCGUCGAGCGGAACAAGGAACAAAUCACGCUCCUGACCUUCGACGAGGAAGGAAACGUCGCGAGCGCGGCCGCGGUCGCGUCCGCGCCGGAUCUCAACCACGGCGUCGCGCUCCGGGACGAUUUGCUCUACGCGUCGUCGGACACGACGGUGUACCGCUGGCGCUACGCCCCGGGCGCCGAGGCGACGGACCGCACGGCGGUGGUCACGGGCAUCUCCGCGGACGGCCGGGGCGGCGCGCCGGGCGGCCACACGACGCGGACGCUCGUCCUCGACGGCGCGGGACACAUGUACGUCUCCGUGGGGUCCGCGGGCAACGUGGACGCCGACUCGUACCGCGCGCGCGUGCGCGCCUGCGGCGACCUCUCCGCCGUCGUCGGACGCGCGCCGGCCCUCGCCAUGCAGGCCCACAGCGCGCCCCUCGGCCUCGCGUUCUACGAAACCGUUGGCGGCGAUGGCGCGUUCCCGGCGGACGCGGACGGCGACUGCUUCGUCGCUUUUCACGGCAGCUGGAACAGGGAUAUUCCCACGGGCUACAAGGUCGUGCGCGUGCGCUUCGCGGACGGCGCGCCGGCGAGCAUCGAGGACCUGCUCGCGCACGACGGCGACGCCGCGAAGUGGCCCAACGGCCUGCGCCCCGUCGACGCGGUCUUCGACGGCCGCGGCCGUCUCGUGGUCUCCGACGACGGCGCGAACACGGUGUUCCGCAUCUCGGCGGCGCCCGCGACGGCCCGAGAAACGCCGGCGCCGACGACGACGACCGCGGCGACGGCGCGGGAGACGCCGGCGCCGACGACGACGAUACCCGACGACUGCGACAUCUGCGCCCCUCUGCCUCCGCCGCCCGGUGAGUCGGAUGCGACGCGUCGCGGCGCCGCGUGGGAAUCGGCCGCGAGUUUCGUCGCGGCGACGCUCCUUCUCGCGUAGGCUGCGCCAAGGUCGGCAAGAGGAAGAGCCGCAAGGAGAAGAAGCGGGCCUGCAAGGCCGCCACGUUUUGCAAGUGGGCGAAGAAAAAGUGCGUCCCGAGGCCGGGCGCGAAGGACUACUGCUCGCACGUCGCCAAGAAGAAGAAGAACGAGAAGCGCGCGUGCAAACGCAAGCCCGCCCACUGCCGCUGGAAGAGGAAGUCCAAACGCUGCGUAAAUCGCUAGCCCACGUUGG